AUGGCAUCAUACAUCAUGCCCAUCGCCGUAUUGUUUCUUUCCCUAUGUUUCGCCGCCGCCGCCGAGUCCAUCGCAGAAUCCCCCUUCCCCGCCUCCGUCGACUCCAUCGCGGAGCCCCCCUUCGCCGCCUUCGACUCACCUGCCCCUGCUCCCGCCUACGACGAGAUGCUGAUGACGGCCGACAACCUAGAGGGCUACGAAGAUAUCCCCGAGCCCAUCCUCGAUCCCUUCUUCCCUGUCACCGCUGAGUCCAUCGCCGAGCCCCCUUUCCCAGCCUCUGACUCUCCAGCCCCGGCUCCAGCCUACGACGAGACCGCCGAAGCCCCAGCAAGCAACAAUAUCAUCGACAAGGGGGCGAUGGACAGCCACUACCUGACAGCGCACUUGAGCGCAGCCGCAAACAAGGUGGAGCAGUUCGUGGCGACGGAGGUGGAUGGGAAGCUCAAGGACCCGGCGACGGUGGCCUCCGCGAGGGAUUGCCUGGAGCUCUGCAAGGAGGUGUACGAGAGCGCGGCAGAUUCUAUGAAGAAGGCGGUGAAGAGCAUCUCCACCGGCGACUUCAUCAAGGCCAACUUCGACGUCAGCGCUUUCAGCACCGACAUCGACACCUGCAACAGCGAAUGCUCCAUCGCAGGAUUUGAGACAUUCGAAAAGUGGGCCCAGGACGUCGCCAGCGACUGCCUCGAUAGGAUCCUCCAACACAGUAAUCGAGUUUGA